UCGAGUGGCGCGGGGCAGGCGCGGGUCGGGCGCGUGCCGCAGUAGCGUGUUACCGCCGACGCGGUCGCUCGGCACCAGUCGCCAACUGUCGGCGCCGCCCGAUGCGAGCGCGGAGUGCGGACUCGACCGCGCCGCGAUCCGAUGCUGGUUCCCGCGCGUCCGAUGCACCAACAACCCGCCAUGUGCCACCGACUACCAUGAGACCGACGCCGACACCGGCCCACUAAACUUUCGGUCAGACACAUGGGAACCGAAGCAGCCGGCGAAUCAAAAGCAUUCUUGAACGAUAAACCAAUCAAUAAACGCAUCAAAGACGAGCAAAUAAACACGCUAUCAAACAAACACAUAAAAAGCGAAAUGUAGAUUAAAAAACUUAAUACUAAUGACGUAAUACAAUAAUUCGAAUGUGAUCUAAGAUUAAUAGAACUGUAUGAAAUUAUGCGUCCAAAUUAAAUUUAAGUAAUUUUAGUAUAGCGAUCGGAUGUUAGGAUUGUGAUGAGUAGAGAAAAGAACGCAUCCGGUUGAGGUUGGGUCGAUUUGCGUUCGCUCGGGUUGCAGUCUGUUCGUCUGGACGCGCUGGUCGGUUGCUAUGGGACAGUGAGCUCGGGAUAACACUAUGGCGGCAGUUGCGGGCCUGUACGGGCUUGGGGACGAGCAGAGGGCGCGACACCGCCGGGGACAGGCCAACGCCGAGCGCUCCGAGUCCAGAGAUGACAACACUGAGGCGUCACUGCCGAAGCUCAGCAGCCAGGAGGAGGACACCGGUCGUCCACCACAGAGCGGGGUCGUUACGUUCGAGCCAAUCCAACACGACCACGACUUCUGCGAGCGAGUUGUCAUCAAUGUGAGCGGUUUGAAGUUCGAAACUCAGCUGCGUACAUUGAACCAAUUCCCGGAGACGUUGCUCGGGGACCCCUCCCGCCGAAUACGAUACUUCGACCCACUCCGGAACGAGUACUUCUUCGACCGGAACCGACCGUCUUUCGACGCCAUCCUCUACUACUACCAAAGCGGAGGACGACUCCGUCGCCCGGUAAACGUCCCCUUGGACGUCUUUUCUGAAGAGAUCAAGUUCUACGAACUGGGAGAGCAGGCCACCAACAAGUUCCGUGAGGAUGAAGGUUUCAUCAAGGAGGAAGAGAAGCCCCUUCCCUCCAACGAACGCCAGCGCAAAAUCUGGCUGCUCUUCGAAUACCCCGAGAGCUCCCAGGCCGCGCGCGUCGUUGCCAUCAUCUCGGUCUUCGUCAUCCUCCUCUCCAUCGUCAUCUUCUGCCUGGAGACCCUUCCUGAAUUCAAACACUACAAAGUCUUCAAUACCACCACCAACGGCACGAAGAUCGAGGAGGACGAGGUCCCGGAUAUCACCGAUCCAUUCUUCCUUAUUGAAACACUCUGCAUCAUCUGGUUCACCUUCGAAUUGAUCGUGCGGUUCUUGGCGUGUCCCAACAAAUUCAACUUCUUCAGAGACGUCAUGAACAUCAUUGAUAUAAUCGCCAUUAUCCCGUACUUCAUCACCCUGGCGACCGUCGUUGCCGAGGAGGAGGACACUUUGAACCUACCGCGAGCUCCCGUAUCUCCGCAAGAUAAGUCCACCAACCAAGCCAUGAGCCUGGCUAUUCUGCGGGUAAUCCGUCUCGUGCGGGUGUUCCGGAUCUUCAAACUGUCCCGCCACUCGAAGGGAUUGCAGAUUCUUGGCAGGACGCUCAAGGCGUCCAUGCGAGAACUUGGCCUGCUGAUCUUCUUCCUGUUCAUCGGUGUGGUGCUGUUUUCGUCUGCGGUGUACUUCGCUGAAGCCGGAAGCGAGAACAGCUUCUUCAAAUCCAUACCUGAUGCGUUUUGGUGGGCGGUCGUGACAAUGACGACCGUAGGAUACGGAGACAUGACGCCGGUCGGAGUCUGGGGGAAGAUCGUGGGUUCGCUGUGCGCCAUCGCCGGCGUGCUCACUAUCGCCCUCCCCGUGCCCGUCAUCGUCUCCAACUUCAACUACUUCUACCACCGCGAAACUGACCAGGAAGAGAUGCAGUCCCAGAACUUCAACCACGUAACCAGCUGCCCCUACCUGCCGGGAACCAUGGGCGAGCCCUACCUGAUUUCAGGGCCAAUACAGAAGAAGUCCUCUAUGAGCGAUGACUCCUCUUCUGAGAUGAUGGAGUUGGACGAGUCGGCCAUGGCGUCCGAGCCGCAACUCGAGCAGAACCUGCGCCGCCUCCGCGAGGAGGAGAACCUUCUGCGCGAGCAGCAAGCCACCAUGGAGGCCGGUGCGUUCGACGACAUCGCCGCUCUGGAGCAUCAGGACGCUCUGCGCCUCAAUCAGCUGCAGCAGCAAGAGCUCCAGCGUCAGCAGGCGGCCCACGCCGCACGCCACCUCCGGCAGACCCACGGGCAGGGUCAAGCCCUCGCCCUAGAGGCUCCCCCACCUCGCCGCGAGCAGGGCGCCCGCCGCCGCGCCACUUGCACCGUGCGUGUCAACAACCUGCACGCCACCGAGGCUAUAGAAACGGAUGUCUGACUAACAGGUCGUGUUAUUCCACGAACUCGAAUUCGCGACGUCACCACGGCUGAAACCUACGUUUAAGAUACUAUAGAAGGCGAGGGGGCGUGAGGGCGCGGUGUGGCGCGGGCGCACACCGUCUCGCUCUCCGCCGCCUUGCCACGUGUGACGCGCGUCGCCUCCACUCACACACCUACACUCAACUUUGCGACUCUCUUAGCGUUCUAACCUAUACGUGUAACAUAGAAAAACUGUUUACUGAUAUUAUGAGAAAAAUAAUAAUAAAAAAAACACAAAAAAAAUUAAGCUUCAUCUACGAGUGCGACCCGCUUUCGCCUCCUGUUGUAAAUACUGUGAUCGCUUGUAAACUGCUAGUCGUACCAUCGACACUGUCGACAACCGUAAUUAUUAACAAUUCUUCGAGCAUAUCGCUGACAAAAUAUGCUUAAAGAUACGUUUGUCGGUUGUGUCGUGUUAUGUAAAUAGUUAGGACGGCGCCGUCACACGCCAACUCCUCUCCGCGACACAGCUUGUGUUCGAUUCAGCCCGCCCACAACAUUCAGAGCGUAGUCGCGUCGUGUGGACGCACGAGAACGCGAAUGUUUUGAGCGAACUGCAUCGCUUCGCAGAGACUCGGCUCCUAGCGCGUAAGAUAUUAAUGUAAUACGUACAUGAGUAUAAUCGUUCGUAUCCAGUAUAUCCGAGCACCCCGGCUCCCCCUCCCCCGUCCCCUGUAGUGUCGCGCAACAGUCUCGGCAUUUUAGGUAAAAUAUUUUAUGGUCAGUGUUCGUUCUACAAGCUUAAAGGACAAUUAAUCGGUGUUGUUUUACUAGUAGUGUUGUACGUAGAUACUGGAAGUGUUCGUCAGCGGGCGACGAGUCUCCCGCCGAGCGCGGUUUGCGACAGAUGGACAAUUAUGCUAAUCAGUGUGUCAGUAUAUUAGUUUCGCUAAUACUGAUAUUGCGGUACAUCGGGCAAGCUGUACGCCUCCCGAGUUCGAAUGGCCCUUUACAACAGCAGCCCCAUGCCCCACAGUUCAGUUGAAGUUAUCAAUUUACCUUUCGACAUAUCCAGGACAAUUGUGAAUUAUUUACUAGUUUCUUUGUAGUUUUAGGCCUGUUAUAGUUUCGAAUUUAAUUCGAUUUUUAGGUUAUUUUAAAUAGCUCGCUCAUAUAUUUUAACCGAAUAAUUCUUUUUAUCGAUUCCUCUAUUUUUAACCGUAUUGUAUAAAAGACAUUUAUUUAAUUUUACAUUUCGAUGCAGCGCCCGUCAGUCAACACGUGAAUAAAUAUUAAGAUUUGAAAUUAAUAAUUUGAUGUUUUAGCUAUGUGUACAACAUAAUCGGUGUUAUUAUGUAAGUUUGUGUUAUAUAAACAAUAAUGUUAAAGGAAAAAAAAUGAAAAACAGUAAGAAAAAAAAAUACAAAAAAAACCUUUCAUCAUAUCAUAGUAACACAUUUCAUAGCGUUUAAACAUUAGAUCAAAAGACAUUAUAUUUACGCUCUAUGUAUUAGUGUAGUGUAGUGUAAUAUACUUACUAUAGUGUUUAAGCCUUAUUCUUCUAGGGACUUAUUUAAAGCCAUCAAUCGAAUUUUAUUUAUUUAUUUAAUAAUGACAAAAUGGAACGAUGUUUCGUCUAAACAAUUUUGUCAGAAGGACAACACGGUACGGGGUAGAACAUCAGUCGAAGCUAACCGUUCCAUUUUGUUUAAUGGAAUUAAGAGUUUCAAUAUCUAAUGUAAUUAUUUUACGAGAAGCUUAGGAGAUAAUCAAAUUAUAUUGUAAAACUGUAGAUGUAUAUCGGUGUUUCAGUGUAUUCCAUUAUAGGUUAAACCAUUAAGAACUAUAUGUAAACAUUUCAAUCAAACAUAAUGUACAACAAAGCGUGUCUGAUAUAUUUCUUCUAAAAUUCAAAGUGAACUAUCGCUCAAUAAGAACCUAAGGGAAAUGUAAUUUGGAAGAUAUUUCAGAGUUACUUUCGUUAAAAAAAUCAUUGUAUCUUCCAUUUGAUCCUAAAACAUUAUUUAGUGAACAAUUCAGAAAAAUUGUAAGCUGACUCUUUCUUCGUGAUCACUUAGCAUCCAAUAGUAUUUUUUCACAAGUAACUUUCUUUUUUUGGACUUUACCAAUCCUCAAUCCUUCAAUAAUCUCUCAAUCGUUACUUUCAUUGAAUUCUGAUUUCAAAUUAAACCAGACAACAAGCGCUUCUGCUAUUUCCAAUUUCUACCCAAAUCUAAAUCAUAAGUAAAGUUGUUUACAUUGUCUAGUUUCUAAAAAUAAACAGUUCAAAGACAAUGUUUUGGAUCACGUAAUCUUUGUAGUUAGGUUAGCCGAGACUGUUGAGUCGAUCGGCGCUCUAAUGGCCCUCGCGAUAAACCUGAAAACACCAUCGAAGCACGAGAUAAAAAAUGACACAAAUCUCCAUUACGUUAUGCUUAGGCAAUUCAUAGAAGUCUGCUAUGGCCAUUGGGGCGCCAAUAUAUAAUAAAAGUGUAGUACACAUUAAUGUGUUAUGGUUCAAGCACGCGGGUCCUGUUUAUUGGUGAAUAAUGGUAGGAUGGUCUCCUGAAUGUACCGUCGUGUCGUUACAUGGCAACACAAUAACAUUGUCAGAAAAUGGGUACUUACAGAAACUUGAGACGACAGCCACGAUUAAAACGUUUUUAUUUUCGGUAUAAA